AUGGCGGCGCCGAGACUACCAUUCCUAUGGCCUAUGCUAUAUCGCGCGGCCGAGUCUCAAUCACCAGAGAUACGAAUAGUCCGAGCAGCAGCACGAUACAGAGCAUAUCAUGCCACACCCCGCCGAAAGCAGCAGGAGACCGUCGGCCAGCGAUAUGGACCGGCAAAUGAGCCACCGCCUCAUCUGGGAGGUGGCAAAGGUCUUGGACCAUCAGUCAAGCAGUAUACGGAGGCGCAACCAAAACUACCAAAGAUUGGCCAGGAAUUGCAGAAGGACGGCGAGCAGGAAGUGAAGCAUGAGCAGGCUGAGACUGUGGAGAUGGAGACAGCAGAUCGAUUGGAGCCGGCGACAGUAGACGGAGCCACUGCAAGGCCUCCUCGUGGCGAUCCUAUGCUCGAUGCGGCAGAUCCAUCGAAGGUCGAGGAGGGCGCCCCAAACCAGUACGGCGACAAGCCGAUCAAGUCGCUACUGGACAGUGUACCGAAUCCAGCGAAGGCACAGCAGACACCGAGCAAGAGCGAGGAGCUGCCUGGGCACAGGUUCGACGAGCACUCGCCUCCAAUCAAGGCGCCGCAUAUCGAAGCGCCCCGCUAUGUGCACCACUUCGACACAUUCGGCCUUGUGAAGCGACUGGAAGACUCCGGCUGGACCAACGAGCACGCCAUAACAGCCAUGAAAGCUGUCCGACUCAACCUGGCCGACAACAUGGAGCUAGCAAAGGAAGCUCUGGUGUCGAAGAGCAUGAUCGAGAAUGAAUCCUGCCUCUUCAAAGCCGCAUGUGCCGAGCUCAAGACGGAAGUCACAGCGCGCAGGCAAGCAGAGCAGGAGAAGAUGCGCACGGAGCGCACACAGCUACAACAUGAAGUAGACAUCCUCUCUCAACGAGUCGGACAAGAAGCAGGUGUACUUAAGGACGACCUGAAAGGCAUGUUCGACGACCGCAAAAUGGCGACCCGUAAUGAACAACGCCACAUGGAAGCCAAAAUCCAGCAGCUUAACUACAAAAUCACCGUCGAACUCCAAGCCGACGCGCGAUCAGACGUCGAAGGGCUACGCUGGGUGCUGACCCGUCGGCUCAUCAUGUUCCUUGGCGUAAUGAUCAUUAUGAUCGUGGGUAGUCUGAAGAUGUAUUCGAAUCUCAUGCAGGAGCGCGAGCACGAGGCUAAGAGGCGCGCGAAUCAGCGGACGAGUGGGACGCAGACUGAGGAGAGGAAGAGCGGUUAUUCUGAUGCUGGGACGGGUGGGAUGGGUGGGAGCGAGGUGCUGGUUAGUGCGGGUGACAAUCCUGCCUUUGUGUCGCUGGGCUGA